GGCGAUUGAAACGAAAAAUCCAUUAUUAUAUUAUCAUACUUCACAGAUUAAAAGAACUCGAUAUGAAAAAAACGUUUCUUAUUCAUGGCAAAAUAUAACCAAAGCUAACACCACCUUAUUUGUUUAUAGUAAUAAGGUAUAUGAUUUAGGAAACUAUCAAAUGAGGAUAAGUUGCUUGGAGAAGAUAGCGUUACCGAAAGGCUUCGAGCAAGAGACGUUGAAGGAACAACCAUCGAAUAGUAUAAUGACAGUCGUAUUCACAGGAAUUCUUAAUCAAUCACGUGUUAUUCAGAAGGUGGCCAAUAUGCGAGAGGAUUUAUCUAAUUCCGAGUCUCCGAUACCACAGUCAUACUUAACCGUAGGAGAAGAUGGCACACCAGAAGAACGAAAAGGGCUUAAAGCCGGUAAUCGUGGAUCACCCAAGCUUCUUACGUUUUCGGAAGCUGUUUUAGUAGGAUUAGCAGAAGAUGGGGGAUUAUUUAUUCCUACAAAUAUACCAGCCUUACCAGAGAAUUGGCGUAAAGAUUGGUCAAAUCUAACAUUUAAUUCAUUAGCACUCGAGAUAUUUUCAUUAUAUAUUCCAUCGGAAGAGAUUCCACGUAAAGACUUGGAACAGUUGAUUAAUAAAUCAUAUUCAACAUUUAGAUCUAAUGAAAUCACACCAUUAAAAAAAAUUCGAGAAAAAUUUUAUAUAUUAGAAUUAUUUCAUGGACCAACAUUUGCUUUUAAAGAUGUUGCAUUACAAUUUCUUGUAUUAGGAGCUACUAGUGGAGAUACUGGUAGCGCGGCUAUUUACGGCUUGAGAGGGAAAAAAAAUAUUUCGGUAUUCAUCCUUCAUCCACAUGGUAAAAUAUCACCGGUUCAAGAAGCUCAGAUGACAACAGUAUUGGAUAAAAAUGUUCAUAAUUUAUCGGUUGAGGGUACAUUUGAUGAUUGUCAGGAUAUCGUAAAGAACUUAUUUGCGGACAACCCAUUCAAUGAAAAACAUCAUUUAGGCGCAGUUAAUUCAAUAAAUUGGGCAAGAAUAUUAGCACAAAUAGUAUAUUAUUACCAUUCAUAUUUUCAAUUAAUUAAAUCAUUAAAUAUUACGAUGGAAUCAAAUGCAGCAAAAGAAAUUCAACUUCAAUUUUGUGUACCAACAGGAAAUUUUGGAGAUAUAUUGGCAGGUUAUUUCGCGAAACAAAUGGGUUUGCCGAUAAAUAAUUUAUUAACAUCAACUAAUUCUAAUGAUAUAUUGGAUAGAUUUUUUAAGAAUGGCAGAUAUGAAAAAUUAAAAAGUGAGAGUGGAAAAUUUGUUAAAGAAACUUUAAGUCCUGCUAUGGAUAUUGCUAUCUCAAGUAAUUUUGAAAGGUUAUUAUGGUACUUGGCUUAUAAUGAUAGUAAGGCUCAAGAAGAAGAUAAAAUUAAAGAAGUCAGUAAAAUUGUUAGGGGAUGGAUGGAAGAUGUUAAGACUAAUCAAAGUUUAAUAGUUGAAAAAUCUAUGUUAGAUAUUGCACUUUGUGAUUUUAAGAGUGAAAAGGUUUCAGAUCAAGAGACGUUGAAUACUAUUCAGAAAUAUUACGCACCAGAAAACAGAGAUCAAAUUUCUUACAUUCUUGAUCCACAUACAGCGGUUGGCGUUGCAGCCGCAGACAGACAGAUUAUCUCACCUAAUACAAUUCAAAUAUGUCUUGCAACUGCACAUCCAGCAAAAUUUUCUCAAGCGGUAGAAAAAGCAUUAGAAAAUUUCAAAGCAUUUAAAUUUGAAAGUAUUUUACCAAAAGAAUUUAUCGGUUUAUUGGAAAAAGAAAAGAAGGUUGUAUUUGUUGAAAAAGCUGAUCCUUCUUUGGUUAAAAAGGUGAUUGAAAAUGAAUUAGAUACUGAACUAAAUUGA